AUUAACACCAUCUGAGCACAGUGUACAUACAAGCAACAUUGUCCAGACUAUCACGAUUCCCGAGGUCAAUUCUGUCCGGAUCGCCCGCGACUUGCAACCCCAUAGUUACGAACGCCUUCCUCAACAUCGUUAGACAGGCUUAAUACAGAUGGAGGUCGAAGCAAGUACCGCCGGCAUUGGGACGACGAUAGAAGCCCGUAUCUCAAAAGACAGUCAUAUUCUUGCAACUGCCUCCCCAGAGAGGGGAUUCCGCGCCUGUAUCGAGUGCCGACGCAAGAAAACAAGAUGCGACAUGCGACAACCCAUUUGCGGUCUUUGUCGUAGAACAGGAGGGUCCUGUACAUUUCCGACAAAGAGGAAAGCCCCUGAAUUUAGGAAGCGACCGGCGAAAGAGAAGGAAGCAAACGUGAUAGAUCCCCAAAGGCUUGAACAUCUUGUCAGCCUCCUUGAAUCCAGACUUGACGAGACCCCAAAGAGCCAAAGCUCCACCGGCGAAUCUCCAGGAAGAGACCAAGGCAGUGUUCAAUCCAGUGCUACGAGUCCCAGUUACUCCGGAUCGAUCGGAACUUGUCGAGAAGAUGCGGAGCAACACGUCGUCGUGGUUUCAAGCUCUAAUUCCGCCAACUUACUCGGUCAUUAUCUUCAACCCGAUUCUCGUCAAAAUGUCGAAUUCGAAACGGCCAGCAGCAAUGGAAGCACAGAAAAGACUGCGAGCUGGACCGAGAUACCUGAAGAGUUGGUCACAGAGCUCGUCAAUUUGUACUUCGACAAGAUCCAAGCAUGGUUACCACUACUUCAUCGGCCAAACUUCUUCACUAAAUACGUGGUCGAUUGCACUUUCCAAAUGGAUAGGCUACUGGUGGUUUCGCUAGAAGAGGGCUUGCUGUUACAUGGCAUGUUUGCCCUUGCCGCCCGACACUCGAAUCAUGAGUACUUGAAGGGAUUGCCAUCGCCAAAUCGUGGACAAAGUUUCGCUGAGCGGGCAAUUGAAUACUACGCCAAACUACGAUCGUCCGAUGGCGAAACAACUUUGGAAUACUUACAGGGGUGUAUCUUGUUGGCCUUUUACCUCUACACCUCCGGCCCAAGUCAUCAAGCAUGGAUCCUCACCGGGGUAUGCGUCCGCUUAGCUUACGACCUGGAUCUGUGCUGUGUGGACGAGGAAGACGACGACAUGGAGAUGGCGGCUGCGGAGUGGUCAGCAGAUGAAGAGCGCAGGAGAGCAUUUUGGCUUGUAUGGGAGAUUGAUACCUUUGCUUCAAUCCUGUCAAUGAGGCCGCGAGGACUCAACAGCCAAAGAAUCGUCGUGCGUCUCCCGGUCAGCGAUGAAGCGUGGUUCUCCAACCGUCCAUGCGAGUCACCUGUCGUUCCUCUGGAUCCAACACAGGCUUGGAAAGUCUUGCUCGACUCCCCGAACAAGGAAGAACGAGCAUGGUUCCUCCUGGCCAACUAUAUAAUGGCUCUAGCAUACGAGACAGCCUCAGGCCGGCAGAAGUCUCAGCGAGACCAUAGCGAGCUCACAAGUUCGAUGACUUAUUUCUGUCUUGCGGUGUCUCAACGACAUGGAUUGGAAACCAACCCACCUGCUUUCGCUGCCGGGAGUUUUGCAAAGGCCAACUGGAUUAUUGGCAUGCACCUUAUGCUGACGAACACUCGAGCGUGUCUGUCCGCUCUGGCAGCAACACCGUUUUCAAAUGUCGAGACAUUCGAAGACGAUUAUUCGAGGAUCUUCAAUCGUUGGCACCCCGAAUACAUCGCCCUCAGUCACCCCUUUUUUGCCGGAACACUUCUCUCUGCCCGCACUUACCCCUCUUUAUCCUCAUCACGGCCAAUGAGCAUAUCAUGUAACCAAGAGCUUUCAGCCUUGAUCCUGUCCCACUUUGCUACUUUCUGGAAGCUGGGUUCUGUGCUACUAGGUAAGUACAUCCCUUUCCAUACCGAGCCCAUUCACCAGGUCUAA